AUGGCAACAUCAUCAUCUCAAUCGCUCGGCGCGUCCGUAAGCUCCCUUCGGUCCUCACUUUCCCUCCUGGAUUCGUCGAUUUCUAUCCUCGACGCGGGCAUCUCUGAUUUCCCACGCCUGAAAUCCGUCUUGAGUAGCACACGGCAUUUUGAGUUGACUACCCACCACAACCUGCAAACGGCACAGCAAUCCCUCGCCUCAGAACUCGAGCCCGCAAUCUCGACACUGCUGCAACGGAGCGAACUAUAUAUUGCGAAGUUGGAGAGGAAGCAGGAGAGUCUCCGUGCGCGGAGUGAACUCUUAGAGGGGAGACUGAAAGCGCUCCGGCAGAAGAAAGAGAGACUCGGCUACGCCGUUGAGAGAUUGAAUUUGCAGUCGCAGCAGAGGCAGAGGCAAUUGCGGAUGAGUGUUGCUGCUACGAAGGAUUGA